CCGGUCCUGCGGCGGCGGUGGCCGGUGGCAGCUCCCCCUGCUCUGUCCUGUGCGGGGCCGACCGGGUGGCGCUCUCCCGGCGCGAUGCUCUGAGCGCUUCGGGGGCCGAUUACGGGACUCGUCCGGGCGCAGCGCACCGACCCCAUGGAACCCGCGGGCACCUGGCGGAGCCUGCGGGCCCCGCCACAACCGCUGUUGCUGCUGCUGCUGCUCCUGCAGGUGGCAGGGCCCUCGGGCGCUCUAGCCGAGACUCUGCUGGAUGCGCCCAGAGCCUUGGGCAGCAGCUCCAGCCCGCCCAGCCCCGCGAGCGUGGUGGCUCCGGGAACCACGCCGUUCGAGGAGAGUCGGUUGCCAGUGUUCACCCUGGACUACCCCCACGUGCAGAUCCCCUUCGAGAUCACCCUCUGGAUUCUGCUGGCCUCCUUGGCCAAAAUUGGCUUCCAUCUCUAUCACAAGUUGCCCACAAUAGUGCCCGAGAGCUGCCUUCUUAUAAUGGUUGGACUUCUACUAGGAGGGAUUAUUUUUGGAGUCGAUGAAAAAUCUCCCCCUGCAAUGAAGACUGAUGUGUUUUUCUUGUACCUCCUACCUCCCAUUGUGCUUGACGCGGGCUAUUUCAUGCCCACACGUCCAUUUUUUGAGAACAUUGGCACCAUCUUCUGGUAUGCGGUGGUAGGGACACUUUGGAACUCCAUUGGCAUUGGGGUAUCUUUGUUUGGCAUUUGCCAGAUUGAAGCCUUUGGUCUGAGUGACAUCACUUUGCUCCAGAAUCUGCUCUUUGGCAGCUUAAUCUCAGCGGUGGAUCCCGUGGCUGUUCUUGCAGUCUUUGAGAACAUUCAUGUCAAUGAGCAACUCUACAUCCUGGUCUUUGGAGAGUCCCUGCUCAAUGAUGCAGUGACGGUGGUCCUGUACAACUUGUUCAAGUCUUUCUGCCAGAUGAAAACCAUCGAGACCAUUGAUGUGUUUGCCGGAAUUGCCAACUUCUUUGUUGUUGGAAUCGGUGGUGUGUUGAUUGGCAUCUUCCUGGGAUUUAUAGCGGCAUUUACGACUCGGUUCACACACAACAUCCGAGUGAUUGAGCCACUCUUUGUCUUCCUGUAUAGCUACUUAUCCUACAUAACAGCUGAAAUGUUUCACCUGUCAGGUAUCAUGGCAAUCACUGCUUGUGCGAUGACAAUGAAUAAGUAUGUGGAGGAAAAUGUGUCCCAGAAAUCCUACACAACCAUCAAGUACUUCAUGAAGAUGCUGAGCAGUGUCAGUGAGACCCUGAUCUUCAUCUUCAUGGGUGUGUCCACUGUUGGGAAGAACCACGAGUGGAACUGGGCCUUCGUCUGCUUCACACUGGCCUUCUGUCUGAUCUGGAGAGCACUGGGUGUCUUUGUCCUGACUCAAGUUAUUAACUGGUUCCGGACCAUUCCCCUGACCUUUAAGGAUCAAUUCAUCAUUGCUUAUGGAGGGCUCCGAGGUGCCAUCUGCUUUGCACUAGUGUUUUUACUUCCUGCUGCUGUGUUCCCUCGGAAAAAGCUGUUCAUUACAGCUGCAAUCGUUGUUAUAUUCUUUACUGUCUUCAUCCUGGGAAUAACUAUUCGACCACUGGUGGAGUUUCUUGAUGUUAAGAGGUCCAAUAAGAAGCAGCAAGCUGUCAGUGAAGAAAUCCAUUGUCGGUUUUUUGAUCAUGUGAAGACUGGGAUUGAAGAUGUCUGUGGACAUUGGGGUCACAACUUUUGGAGAGAUAAGUUUAAGAAGUUUGAUGACAAAUACCUGCGGAAGCUUCUGAUUCGGGAAAACCAACCCAAGUCAAGCAUUGUGUCCUUAUAUAAAAAACUUGAAAUAAAACAUGCCAUUGAGAUGGCAGAGACUGGGCUGAUAAGCACUGUCCCUUCUUUUGCAUCUCUAAAUGACUGUCGUGAAGAAAAAAUAAGGAAGCUCACACCUGGUGAAAUGGAUGAAAUUCGAGAAAUAUUAUCGAGAAAUCUCUAUCAAAUCCGCCAACGAACUUUGUCAUACAACAGACACAACCUAACUACUGACACAAGUGAGAGACAAGCAAAGGAAAUUCUGAUCCGCCGAAGGCACAGUUUGCGAGAAAGCAUUAGGAAAGACAACAGCUUGAACCGGGAGCGCAGGGCUUCUACUUCCACCUCCCGAUAUUUAUCCUUACCAAAAAAUACAAAGCUUCCAGAAAAGCUGCAAAAGAAAAAGAACAUCAUUAAUGCAGGUGGCAAUAGCAGUGACUCAGACAUAGAUGCCGGGACCACAGUCCUCAAUUUGCAGCCACGAUCAAGGCGCUUCUUGCCAGAACAGUUCUCAAAGAAAGCCCCGCAGACAUAUACAAUGGAAUGGAAGAAUGAGGUAGAUGUUGAUUCUGGCCAAGGGAAGCCCUGUGCCCCCCAAGUUCCCCACAACAAAGAGGGGGGCACCCAGACUCCAGGUGUGUUAAGACAGCCCCUUCUCUCCAAAGGCCAGUUUAGCCUGAGGCGGGAAGACAGCAUGACUGAAGGUGUCCCACCCAAGCCGCCUCCCAGGCUGGUACGAAGAGCAUCGGAGCCUGGCAACCGGAAAACCCGAUUCGGCAGCGAGAAGCCUUAAUGGGAAUGGGCAAAGCAGACCUGGGGUGACUGGGCCAGCCCAGAUUGGUCCUUUACUUUGAAACCUGACACACAGUGGAAUCCAUUUAAAGCUCUAUGCAUCUAAAUACUGUCUUUGGGUGGUAUUGUCUUGCCAUUGAUAAAUGGGAGGAAGACUUAUCCCAAGAA